AUGCUGCAGCCACGGAUACCGCUUCGCACUUUGUGCAGGGGAUGCCAAUCCUCCCUGCCCGUUAUGCGACGCUCGUAUGCACAAGUCAUCGACCCAGUACAUCCUAGCACCUCAGUGCUGGACACAGCCCACGCCGAUCCUCCGUUAGCAGAACCGCAAGACAGAGUCGGUGCAGCCAGGGGGGAAGUUCGACUACGACGAUACACCCCACGAACUCCCGGUCUCCGUCACCUGAUCAGGCCCGUGAACGACCAUCUGUGGAAAGGGCGACCAUACUUCGACCUGACAUUCCCGAAAAAGGGUCAUGGGAAAGGAGGUAGAAAUGAUACUGGGCAUGUUGUGGUGCGACAUCGUGGGGGCGGGCAUAAGAGAAGGAUACGCAUUGUCGACUUUGCACGGCGCAAAGGCGGCAAGCAGGUCGUGGAGCGCAUCGAACACGAUCCUGGCCGAACCGCCCACGUUGCGCUGGUGAAAAACAUCGACGAUGGGACAAGAGCAUAUAUUCUGGCCGCUGAAGGCAUGCGCGCUGGCGACGUGGUGGAGAGUUACCGGUCCGGACUGCCGAAAACGUUGCUCCAGGAGAUGGGAGGACAAAUGGACCAGGGUGUGAUCGCUUCGAAGACCGCCCAUAGGGGUAACUGUUUGAAGUUGGGCAUGAUUCCCAUUGGGACGCCGAUUUUCAACAUCGCCCCAACACGGGAUGCGAUCGGCAAGAUCUGUCGUAGUGCUGGCACGCAUGGAAUCAUCAUUGGAAAGGGUGAAGACACGGUUCAAAAGGAAAUGAUCAAGCUCAUCGGGGACAGCGGGAAUGCGGACAUGUCAUCCUUGACCAAGGAUCAGCUGAGGAAAUUCGAAAAAGCAGCCAACUAUGUCACAGUCCGACUAUCAAGUGGUGAAGUUCGGCUCAUUGACAAGGAGGCUGUUGCAACCAUUGGAGUCGCAAGCAACAUCAACUUCAAAUAUACCUCACUCGGGAAGGCUGGACGCGCGCGUUGGCUCGGCAUUCGACCAACUGUGCGUGGACUUGCCAUGAACGCGGCAGAUCAUCCUCAUGGUGGUGGUCGUGGUAAAUCCAAGGGAAACCGCAUUCCCAUGAGUCCUUGGGGUAUUCCGGCCAAAUCAGGCUUCAAGACGAGGCCGAAGAACAAGGUCAAUCCUCUUGUCGUUACCCAACGGCCGAGAAACCAGGGCAGACGGCGCAGAGGUUACGCAUAG